CGUGGAAUCCACAACUUAAAGUAGUUUUCUUCACACCUUCUAUAAACUCCUUCCAAAUUCAACAAACCACGAAACCAUUAAUUCAACCGGAAUUUCCCCCUAGAAAUUAAAUAUAAACCUAAUUAACCACAAAACUUUCCUUUAUUCCUCAUUAUUUCCAUUAUCUCGACUUAAGUAAUGGCACCACAACUGCCGCAGCCCCAGCCGCCGCCGCCUCCGCCUCCAAAACCACCAGUACAAAGAGAAGAUUCAGGCGCCACGGCAAAGAAGAGCUCGGCUCUCAACAUGCCGAUCUCCCUACAACCAGCAUACAGCAAGAGAAGAACUCCUUCAAGAUCCGAAAGAUUCUUUCGAAAGUUCAAGUCGACGUUCCGAUCAUUACCCAUCGUGGUGCCGCCGUGUAAUAUGCCAACAGUCCCCAGGACCCGUCCUGGAGACCUGCAGAUACACGGCGGCAAGAGAAUAACCGGUACGCUAUUCGGCCACAGAAAAUCUAGGGUUAACCUUGCAUUCCAAGAAACACCUAACACUCUCCCGUUCCUUCUCUUGGAACUGGCUAUCCCGACGGGAAAGCUGCUCCAAGACAUGGGAACUGGGAUGAAUAGAAUCGCCAUGGAGUGCGAAAAGCAGCCACGGAACGAUAAGGUUGAACUUGUUGACGAACCAUGUUGGACGAUGUUUUGCAAUGGAAAGAAAAUGGGUUAUGGGGUGAAGAGGGAACCCACGGAUGAGGACCUGAGCGUGAUGCAGCUUCUGCAUGCGGUGUCCAUGGCGGUCGGCGUGCUGCCGGAGGAGAUGUCGGACCCUCACGACGGCAAGUUCUCGUACAUGAGAGCGCAUUUCGAGCGCGUGGUUGGGUCCAAGGACUCUGAGACUUACUACAUGACGAUGCCUCAUGGGAACAAUGGACUUGAACUUACUGUGUUCUUCGUGAGGGUUUGAUUGGAGAGAAAAGUUUGAUUGUUUUUGUUGUCCAUAGGAUCUUUCGGUU